UGAAUCUCGUUGGUGCCGUACGUGUGCCGUGUUGUGUUGUGCAAGUCCUGCUUUUUCUGGAGUCCCUCGGCCUGCCUGCCUGGUGGAAGAGCCAUUCCGGAGCCCUUGUGUAGGCACUUGUGCUGUGCUGUGUGCUCCUCUGUGUUGUUACUCUUGAAAGUUCUGCUGCGGUGUGGUUCUUGACGAUCGGAAUCAUCUCCGGGUUUGUGGCAGAUUGGGUUGCCCAGUUCUUUUCAGUCGGAGCACUGACGUCACCUGGGAUAUAUCUGCAGUCGGAUCCCGCUCGGUCGGAUUUUGUGUGGUACUUUGAGCAGUGUUUUGCUGGAAGCAGAGGUUCGACAAAUAGCGUUUACACAUUGCCCUGGGACAUGAAGAACUGAAUUGCUCUGUGGAACGUUUCGGUUGCAUAAAAAGUGUGACAUUCGGUGCAGGAAAAUCUUACCGAUUGGAUCUCCCAUUCGGUUGGAGGUGGAAGUGAAAUGGAUAAUUGACAUCCGUUGAUAACUCUGAGCUGGUGUCGGCAUCUUCUUUCAAAUCCAACGAAACGAAUGUUUCCGGAGACUGACGGAGUGUGUUUGUGAGAGUGAAAACCUGCCUAUUGGGAAUCAGAAAGUUGGGAGGAAACUCAAAGAAGAUCGGAAGAAUUCUUCAUCUGUGAAUGAAGAAUCAAUUGGUGUUAUAUGUUUCAGCUUGAUUUUAUUUUAGAAACCCUAUAGUGAAAUGUCGUUUAGUGUGUUCAAGUGACUUUGGAUUCUGUGAACAAAAACAAAAUUGUUGAAAACGCACAUAGCUAUAACGAAAGUUUUCCUUCACUGUUAGCCAUUAGAUUCAGAUGUUAGUUAAAUAGUGUAAAAUGUGUUAAUUGAACAGAUUAUUUUGAAAAGUGCAUAAAAAACCAUUAAGAACGGAAAACGACUCAAAAAUUCCCAUUCGAGAAACAAGUUUUCAAUUAAAGAAGUGAUCUAAAAGCCCGCAGAAAAAGAGAACGCUCUGAGCUUUGAGAGAAAGCGCCAUGGCCGAAGACAGUGAGAAAGCUCCGGCACCUGCCAGUAAAGGUGCCGAAGCAGCGGCGGAGAAAACGGGCGGAAGUAAGCAAGCUAGCCCGGCUCCGCAGCUGAAAUCAGCAACGACGGCAGCAGCAGCAGGAGAUGCAGCUGCAACCGGGACAUCUCCGGCGAAGGCAGCUGGUAAAGGCGAACCCACCGAUGAUCAGCCGAUGAUCAAAAAUGAAAAAAUGGAAACCAACCUGUACCUUUACUCGGAAGAAAUCCAAGAACGUCCCCAAAUCACAACGCUCAUCUCGUCCCUGGCGAACUACUCGAAUACUAUUCCCGCACCAACGGAUCCGGAUGCGAAACCAGCGGCAGCCUCGGCCCGGAUGGGCACCCUGAUCGGUGUCUACUUGCCGUGUAUACAGAACAUUUUCGGUGUCAUUUUAUUCAUCCGCUUAACCUGGGUUGUUGGAACGGCCGGAGCUAUUUAUGGGUUUUUAAUCGUGCUGUGUUGUUGUUGCGUGACUAUGUUGACUGCCAUUUCCAUGUCUGCGAUCGCCACGAACGGGGUGGUUCCUGCGGGCGGGAGCUAUUUCAUGAUAUCGAGAUCGCUCGGGCCCGAAUUCGGUGGCGCUGUCGGGAUAUUGUUCUACACCGGGACAACCCUGGCGGCGGCCAUGUACAUAGUUGGUGCGGUUGAAAUCGUGCUGACUUACAUGGCGCCUGGGUUGUCGAUAUUCGGCGACUUCACCAAAGACGCAUCAGCGAUGUACAACAACUUCAGGGUUUACGGCUCCUGUUUGCUUGUUGUUAUGGGUCUAAUCGUCUACGUUGGUGUGAAAUUCGUCAAUAAAUUUGCUACCGUUGCCCUGGCUUGUGUCAUCUUCUCCAUCAUUGCGGUUUAUGCUGGAAUCUUCAACAACAUCGAUGGCAACGACAAGUUAUUCAUGUGCGUUCUCGGAAAGCGACUGCUAAAGGACAUCCCGGUAGAAAAUUGCACCAAGGAAGUCGGUGGCCCACUCUACAACAUCUUCUGUGAACCUGGCAGCCAGUGUGAUCCGUAUUUCAAAGAUCACAACGUUACGCUUGUUCGAGGCAUCAAGGGGCUCAGAAGUGGCGUUUUCUUCGACAACAUUUUCCCGUCAUUUUUGAAAGAAGGCCAAUUCAUCGCCUACGGAACGGAUCCGGACGAUAUCGAGCCACUGGACCGGCCAACCUACAACCAGGUGUAUGCAGAUAUUACCACCGCUUUCACGAUAUUGAUCGGAAUCUUUUUCCCCUCGGUGACGGGUAUCAUGGCCGGUUCGAACCGAUCCGGAGAUUUGGCCGACGCACAAAAGAGCAUCCCCAUCGGUACGAUUGGAGCCAUCCUGACGACCUCGACCGUUUAUCUGUCCUGUGUGAUGCUGUUUGCCGGAACGGUCGACAAUUUACUGCUGCGUGAUAAAUUCGGACAAUCGAUCGGUGGCAAGCUGGUGGUGGCGAACAUGGCCUGGCCAAACCAAUGGGUCAUUCUGAUUGGAUCGUUCCUCUCGACUCUGGGGGCUGGACUGCAAAGUUUGACCGGUGCCCCGAGGCUGCUGCAGGCCAUAGCCAAGGACGGCAUCAUCCCGUUCCUGGAACCGUUUGCCGUAUCCUCCAAACGCGGUGAGCCGACCCGGGCCCUCAUCCUGACCCUGCUAAUCUGUCAGAGCGGCAUCCUGCUCGGAAAUGUCGAUCUGUUGGCCCCGCUGCUGUCCAUGUUCUUCCUGAUGUGCUACGGGUUCGUGAACCUGGCCUGUGCCGUCCAAACUCUGCUCCGAACACCGAACUGGCGGCCGCGCUUCAAGUACUAUCAUUGGUCCCUAUCGCUGAUUGGGCUGACAUUGUGUAUGUCGAUUAUGUUUAUGACUUCGUGGUACUUUGCCCUGUUUGCCAUGGGCUUGGCGGUGGUCGUCUACAAGUACAUCGAAUACCGAGGAGCCGAAAAGGAAUGGGGUGAUGGAAUCCGGGGUAUCGCACUUUCUGCCGCCCGUUACUCGCUGCUCCGACUCGAGGAAGGACCUCCGCACACCAAGAACUGGCGCCCGCAGAUCCUGAUGUUGGCCAAGAUGAACGACGACUUCAUCCCGAAGUACAAAAAACUGUUCUCCUUCGUAUCGCAACUCAAGGCUGGUAAGGGUCUGGUGGUGGUCGUUUCUCUGAUCAAAGGCGACUACACUAAACGAUCCGGCGAAGCUGCCGCAGCCAAACAAGCCCUCCGGAAGACCAUGGAAGACGAGCGGGUCAAGGGCUUCUGUGACGUCAUGGUGGCCAACAACAUCGCCGAUGGACUGUCGCAUGUUAUUCAAACGAUUGGUCUUGGAGGCAUGAAACCCAACACCGUUAUUCUGGGAUGGCCCUACGGAUGGCGCCAGAGCGAGGAUGAGCGAACCUGGAAGGUGUUUUUGACGACCGUUCGAAACGUGAGCGCCGCCCGGAUGGCUUUGCUGGUGCCCAAGGGCAUCAACUUCUUCCCAACAUCACAGGACAAGAUUUCCGGCAACAUCGACAUCUGGUGGAUCGUGCACGACGGAGGUCUGUUGAUGUUGUUGCCGUUCCUGUUGAAGCAGCACCGCUCCUGGAAAAACUGCAAGAUGCGCAUCUUCACCGUGGCCCAGAUGGAGGACAACUCGAUCCAGAUCAAGAAGGACCUGAAGAUGUUCCUGUAUCAUUUGCGUAUCGAGGCCGAGGUCGAGGUGGUAGAAAUGAUGGAUAGCGAUAUUUCGGCAUACACCUACGAGCGAACGCUGAUGAUGGAACAGCGCAACCAGAUGCUCCGAAAGCUGAGACUCAACAAACGCGAGAAGGAAAAUGUGGUGGACACUGCGGUGGAGUUUGCCACUGCCAAUGGAGAGGACCGAACACCCCUGGUGCAAGCAAUCGUCGAUCAUCACCAUCACAUCGAGAACAACACCAAGACAGCGUCCAAGGUUCGGUUUGCGGAUCCGUCAGAGAACAAGGAAUUAUUCAACGAUGAAGAGGAAAAGCACGAGACUGAAUCCGAAAAGGACAAGGACACCAAAGAGGCCGAAAACGACAAGGAUGCCGGCAAUGAAAAUUCCGGCCAGCUGGGCAACAAUGUGGCCUCACCCGGCAAGGACGCCAAGAAGAGCAACGCGGGCGGCGACGAUACGCCUAAAUCGCCUAGCAAAGGCGGUUUUAAGCCUGACGAAGGCAACGUGAGACGAAUGCACACGGCUGUGAAACUCAACGAGGUUAUAGUCAACAAAUCGCACGACGCCCAACUGGUCAUACUGAAUCUGCCAGGCCCACCGAGAGAGACGCAUAUGGAGCGGGAAAGCAACUAUAUGGAAUUCCUGGAGGUUCUCACCGAAGGCCUGGAGCGGGUACUGAUGGUGCGAGGAGGUGGCAGAGAAGUCAUUACCAUCUAUUCUUAAGUCUGCAAGAGUUUUCAUGUCCCCAACUCAACCUUAAGGGUAGUAGCAUCGCAAGUAAUGGCUAAAACAACAACAACAACACACGUCCCUCCCUCCUUAUUCGGUUCUGCUCGAUCCCAUCGCAGGCGGUCGGCAGGAUAGGAAAACAAGAAAAAAAAACCAACAAAAAAUUAAAGUUAAAAUAACACACGCCGCUGGCGGCCGCACUUCCUUUUCCGGAGUGCCUGGUCCCGGUGUUCAAAUACGCUUCAACAUCGUCGUCGUCGUCGCAAUUAGAGAAAAAAAACAACACACUUACUUAUACCAACACACCAAAACAUUGGCAAAACAAAACAAUAGCCCAGAAAAGCGUCAGUGACCGAAAGUCAUGCGCAACACGCGAAUACAUCAACACUAAGAAAAAAAAUUAAACAAAAAAUCAAACAAGGACACAGUCUCUCGUGUACACCCACACUAACAACAAAAAGAACAAAUAAGAAAAGAAACGCGUAAAGUAACAACACUUUUCUACACUCGAAAUAUACAAAAAAAAAACAUCAACAAAAAAAAGAUAAGAAAUGGUAAAAAAAAAUUAGCAACUAUAGUCAAAACUGUGAAAUUCUUCUAGUUCUAGGGUAAUCAAAAACAAAAAAUCGAAAAGUAAUUAAAGUUUAAAACCAAACAGUAAUAAAGUAAACAAACAAAAAAACAAAAGAAGAAAAAAGAACAAGGAAAACAUAACUUUCACAUGUGUACGUACGUAUCGCGAUAGAAAUUUAGCGUAAAUUAUAUUGUGAAGAAAGUUUGAAAUGAAAUGAAAAUGAAAAUGAAAAAAACAAAACAAAACAAGAAAAACCUAACGCUAAAGCAAGAACUUAACGAAACACACUUCAUUCAAAAUGUUAGUGCGAAUCAACUAGAACUAAACAUUCUUAUAACGAUAAGAGACAGAAAAAAACAUCAUUAACAUAAUUACCACUGAGGGGGCAACAUUGAAGGAAUACGCAAAAAUAGGGCAAAACAAAAACAAAAGUGCAAUAACAUAAGAAGAACAAAAAACAACACAACCUGAAACAGAACAAUGAGUAAGAACAGAUUGCUUUGUUUGAUUGUCUCGCUAUGUCAAAUUUUAAGUUGAUUCGUUAAGAAAAUUUAGUUAAGGGAGACUAACCAAUUAUUACAGUUAUUCAGCCAAUCUUUGUUGAAAAAAACUGUGGAUUUCUAUUCUUUUAAUCCACGUUACUGAUGAAGGUGACAUCUAGUGAACUGAUAGAUCAACAUCUAUCGUCCACUUUUGCGAGUGUAAUAUCGGAUAGGAAUCGAAAUUUCGAGAACGGAACAACGGCGCAAAGCUAACCAUUUUUUUCUUGUUUAUAGUUAAAAAUUAUUUUCAUUUUAAAGAUUCCAAUAGUUUUAUUGUGUUGUUAUUAAAAGUAUUUUUGUUUUUAUUUUUUCAUAAUUUUUCACUGUGUCUGAAAGCUUACAAUUGGCGAAACGAACAGAACAUCACACAAAAGAGUAUUAAUUCCAGUUAGGCUAAUUUGCUGUGAAGAUUGGAAGGAAAAAACCGUUUAAUCUUUCCCAGGUUAGUUGUUAAAAAGUAAAAUUUGUGUUGCCAUACUUUAGUUAAUAGAGAAGAAACAAAUAAGCCCCAUCGAGGUGCACUAACCUGCAGUAAAUAAGAUUUAUUAGAACGACCUGUUGUUACAACAAUGUGAUUAACUUUUGCAAAAACAACCUAUCGAUCAAGGAAUUCGUCGCCGAAGCAGCUUCUAUUGUAAUUGUAUAGAGCUUUAGUUAGUCGAUUUAA